GUCCCUCGCUGUAAACUGACGUGACGUCACGUGAGUGGAGAAAGGAAGAGGAUAGAAGUCCAAAAAUUCUCUCAGGACAAUAGUGCGAACGACGAGGACGGCGACACACAAUCUUAUUGAGCAAUAAAGUGUUUGAAACUAGUUUUUGGCGUACGAACAACACGUUAGUUCUCGUCAGUGGCGCUAGGUUGUUGUGGUACCGACCCAGAAACGACACAGUAUUAAGUGAUGCUGUCAUCAGGGAGUCCUUCCAAAUGGCAAGUGCAAGAUUCCCUCUCCUCGACUCCCAGUUCUCUCCUGUACAGUGAGAGUGACCAGACGGAGGACGAAUCGGAGGUGUUCUCCUCUGAGAGUAAAGCCGCAGGAGUUGGGCCUGAUCUAAAGCCAUGCUCCUUGGCCAAUGGGAGCUCUCAAAAUUCUAUAUCGACUCUCACCUUUGUGAACCAGAGGAGUGGUAGAGUUGAAAAUGGUCAACCUGGACGUUCCUCAGCAUCUCCAGCUUACAACGGUCAGAACUCCGUGCCAUAUGAAAGGAUUCCCACAGAAGGAGACCUAAGAUUUGCACGCAAAUGUUCAGAGCUGCAUGGGUACAUCAGGCCCCUGUUGGAGCUGUUGAAUGGGUUGAAAAACGGUCGAUAUGAUAAAGGUUUGAGCACAUUUCAGCAGAGUGUUGCCAUGGAUAGACUGCGAAGGAUUGUGGGUGUUCUACAAAAACCUGACCUUGGGGAGAAGUAUAUGGGCACUCUUCUGCAGCUGGAGAUGAUGUUAAAGGCUUGGUUCCCUCAGGUGAGGCCUCAGCAUUGCGAUGGCAUCCCUUCAUUCCACAAUCUUAUCGCUAGUCUGCCUUCACGCUGGAAUCAGGACCAGUUACAUAUUCCUGUGAAGAAACGCAGAUUAAGUUGGUCAGACUCCGACUCGCAAGGUUCCUCCAGCAGUAAACGCGUUCUACAGGACGAUCGAGGCCUGAGCCCCAGCGAUACUAGCUCAUGGCUCAGCAGCUCUGAAACCACAUCUAGCGAACUUGAAGAAGACAGUGCAAUCUAUACAAAUCAAAAUAAAAUGACAUCUGAACCCAAACACAUCAAAAACAGCCAUCUUCUAGUUCAGCAAAAGACAAACUCCUUAAACAAACUCCCUGCGACUGCUACAGGAAGACUGCCUCCGCUUGUAAUACCACCAUUAGCCACAGAUGGCAGCAGCUUGGGCAUGCAGGAUUGUUUGGUGUCCUCCACAACUCCUACUUCUGACCCACCAGCAGACUUCAUGAUAAGUGGGAAAGAUGUGGGUGAAUCUGUAAAAGGAGAGGUGCCAGAAAAACAAGUUAAUAGUAAACAUCAUUGCACAGAGAUGUUAAACACAUAACAUUUGAAGUUUCUCGUGUUUAAAGGAAUGGUUGAAUUAGCCAUUUUUCCAGUCUGUUGAUAUUGGGAACUCAUUGUUUUUCACAAAGUGAAAAGUGUUGUUCAGUUAGUCAGACUUUACAUUCUGCCACAUAUAUGUACAACAUAGACAUUAUCAUACGUACGAUAUGGCAUAAGACUUUUUUUAAAUUAUAGAUUAUACGUUUCUAAAGUCCUAAGAGGUCAGAGAUGUGUCUUAAAAUACAUGCUUGAGCCAUAUGGUCAACUGGUGAAAUAUGAACAGCUAUCAAACACUCUACUGCACUGCCUUUCAUGAAAACACAGGCUUCCAACAAUAUUUAUGAACGUGGCAUCAGGAAGCUAAUUAUUUGCAGAAGAAUAGUAUGAUAAAACGUCCAGAGAAUCUACCUUAAUGUCCUUUGACUUGAACUGAAAACCACUUUGAGCAGCAGAUGGAAUAGAAAUACAUUAUGGGAGGAUAUUUUCUAGGCAGUUUUAUUUAUUACUUCAUUACUUGAACAUACUGAAUUCUUGUAAGCAGCCUUAAAAUGAUCUGCACAUGUGGACCGUGAUCCGUUAUCAUAGCUCAAUGUUUUAUAUUUAUUAAGAGACGGAGAGCGAAACAGCGGAUAAGAUGCAUCGUGAAGUGUUAUUCUAUGAUCUGGAGAGCAAAUGGUCAUUUAUUGAAAAUGUUUUUGCCAACCACAGUUUGCACAUUUAUGUUGUUCUGCUUCCAUGUUGUAACUGAAAUCUAGGUUUUUGUUUUAGGUUAUUGCACACUUGUUUCCUUUUACUCAUCUUUUUUUUUUUUUUUCCAUUUAGAAUUUGUUUUUGUGAGUAUCAGCAUUGUAAUUAUUAACCAUUCUCUAAAACGUGUGUUCAAGAUAAUUACGAGUAUGUGGAGUGUCCCACACUGUAAAGAUCACACUGAGGAAGAUAAGACUUUUAUUUAGCUAUUUGUAGAAUAUAUUCUGAAAUUAGAGAUGCAGUAUUUGGUAUUAGCUUCAUGGGGAAGUUUAUUGACUGAGACGCAUGUAGUCACGUCCUUGUGCAUCUGUACGAGUAUCGUGAAAAUAAAUGAGUAUACUGUUGCCAUCAUAAUGGAGAUCGUACUAUAAGGGAAAAGUGCGUAUGAAGAUGUAUUGAUUAACAUUUAAUGGCACUUAACUGCUUCAUGUGAUUGUGAAGGUAGCAUUAUGAGGAAGAUGUUUUUUUUUUUUUUAUUAUUAUUAUUCAGAAAAGUCGGCCAUUGUAGCACUGUUCUUAUUUUCUAUUCAUUAUUCAAACCCAUUUUCUUUUGUAAGUCUGUUAUUAUAUCAAAGUUUUUUUGUCAAGGUUGCUGAAAUGUUUUUCAACAUGUUCUACUUUUUGAUAUCAUUAAAUGUUUCAAAGUUUCUUA